AUGAUUUCAAUAGGGAUCAGCAUGUUGGCUGACCGGUUUUCAGACGAUCACGCACGUGGCACAAUGCUUGGACAUGCUCUCAGUGGUGUCGGUGUAGGUUUAAUGGUGGGACCUAUCUUUGGAGGUCUUACUUACUUCUACUUUGGUCAAACCGUUCCUUUUCUUAUUCUUGCUAGACUCGCUCUGUUCGAUGGCUUACUUCGCCUAAGUAUAAUUUUGGUAAAAUCGAGUCUCAAUUCGAAGACAACAACGGACGAGGGACCGAUUUGUGGCUCGUCUAUUCUAAUAUUUUUUCAAGAUCGUUCCAUGCUCAUUAUUCUGGGUGCACAUAUGAUCGCGUUGUUUGGUGUGGCAGUUAUUCAAACCACUUUGCCUAUUUACAUGAUGACUAUUAGUGUGGCGGCAACUCUCAUUGAGCAAGGCAAAAGCAAUCGUAUCUCAGUCGAUUAUUUUUUUUUAUACAAAAUUCUUUUCAUUUAG